CCCUCCAGCAACGUACACCAUCCAACAAGUGACCCCUGCAUCACGCACACCUGCACUGGACAUACACUCGUGCACUGAAGAAGAGAAUGCAUCCUAAGUGACAGAGGUGGAUCAUGGCUAUGCUGAACCCUAUGGACUGGAUCAGCGAGAGCAGGGGCUCUCCUCGUCUGGUGCUUGUCAUUGUGUGUGUGGCCCUGCUGCUGGAUAACAUGCUGCUAACAGUUGUGGUUCCCAUCAUCCCAACCUUCCUAUAUGCCAUAGAGCACCAGACACAAGAGCUCCCGUCUGCCGCCCCCUCUGAGGUUCAGCCCACCUACAUCUUCUCCCUGUACGACAACAACACCUACACCAUCAGCACUGCUAAUCUCACCAUCUCCUCCGGCGCUAAUGGAAGUUUAGGGCUCAACAGCAGUAUUGUUGAGCGACACGGGUGUAAAGAGGACAGUGAGUUUUUGGAAGAGGAGAAUGUGAGGGUAGGGCUGCUGUUUGCCUCCAAAGCAUUGGUGCAGCUCAUGGUCAACCCGUUUGUGGGUCCGCUGACUAACAGGAUUGGAUAUCACAUACCGAUGUUUGCUGGGUUUGUCAUCAUGUUUGUUUCCACAAUAAUGUUUGCCUUCUCAGGGACAUACGCGCUGCUGUUUUUCGCCCGCUCACUGCAGGGAAUUGGAUCAUCAUUUUCCUCUGUGGCAGGUCUGGGAAUGUUAGCAAGCGUGUACACAGAUGACAAUGAGAGAGGAAUUGCCAUGGGAAUCGCACUGGGAGGACUUGCCAUGGGAGUGCUCAUUGGAGCGCCAUUCGGCAGCGUUAUGUAUGAGUUUGUUAGUAAAAGUUCUCCCUUCCUCGUCCUUGCCUUCUUGGCUAUGUUUGAUGGAGCCCUCCAGCUCUGCAUCCUUCAGCCCUCAAAAAUAUCUCCAGGGAGCGUGGAAGGAACACCAUUACUCACCCUGCUGAAGGAUCCCUACAUACUCAUUAGUGCAGGGUCGUUGUGCUUUGCAAACAUGGGGGUGGCUAUUUUAGAGCCCACUCUUCCCAUCUGGAUGAUGCAAACAAUGUGCUCGCCAAAAUGGCAACUUGGUAUGGCUUUCCUACCAGCCAGUGUUUCGUACCUCAUUGGGACCAAUCUGUUUGGCAUACUUGCCAAUAAAAUGGGAAGGUGGUUGUGUUCCAUGAUCGGCAUGUUUAUAAUCGGCAUCAGUCUGCUCUGUGUUCCCUUUGCCAAAGACAUCUAUGGGCUUAUUGGUCCCAAUGGAGGACUGGGAUUUGCUAUUGGAAUGGUUGAUUCAUCUAUGAUGGCUAUAAUGGGUUACCUAGUGGAUAUCCGGCAUAUGUCUGUCUACGGAAGUGUGUAUGCUAUUGCUGAUGUGGCACUCUGCAUGGGAUUUGCUGUUGGUCCAUCAACUGGAGGGGCCAUAGUAAGAGCCAUAGGCUUCCCCAAUCUCAUGGUGAUCAUCGGCAUUAUCAACAUCCUGUAUGCACCCCUUUGCUUCUUCCUCAAAAAUCCUGCUGUUCGGGAGGAGAAUUUGGCUAUAAUAAAUCAGGAGUGUCCAAUGCAUGUGAAGAGCUACAAUACACAGCGCGGGUACAGAGAAUUCCCUCUGAGUGAUGAAAGCGAGGAGGACACUGAAGAGUGAUGCACAUAUACUUUUAAAGGAACUUGCCAACAAAUCAUCAGGACCUACGAGCAGCCCUGAUUCAAACGUUUUAAAAUGAUUAAUAUUGCAACUUUCCCUAUCCUUCACUAUGAUCACAUUUUUGUGUACAAGUGGUUAGUGUGACGUAAUGUUUUUGUACUUGUAUGCUUGUAAAGUGUUGUUUAUCCUGUCCCUUGUCAUGUCAGUGGGUUUGAAUGAAAUAA